AGACGUUUAGAUUAUGCCACAAUUUUAUCUCUCUUUUUCUCUGAGAGCAUCACUCCAAUUUCAUAAAGAGAUCAGAGACCAUCACCUCUUUGAGCAUCAUUUCAAUUUCAUAAAGAGAAUUUAUUGUCCCAUCCGACUCAUCUACUUUUGUCUGCUCUGCCGUUCAAAGAGUGUGCGUGUGUGUGCGCCAAGCUACAAUCAACGCUUUUCAUUUUUAAUUAAAAAAUGAGAAGAUUUUCAUUUCAGACCAUCACCGAAAUUCGCAGACACAGUCUGUAAAAUGUCACUCGAGCUCAAGUCAGUCAGUUAGUGAACGUGAGGCAAUUCAAACGGUCGUCCAGCCGCUUGCAAACUGAACGGCCAGCCCCAUUAAAUUUCGGUUCUGAUCAAAAUUAUUCCAACUCGCUGGGUUAUCCCUGUUUUCUGCUUCUUCGUUUGUUGUGAUUCAAUUCUGGCAUUAAUUGGUUUCAUUGUUACAAUUAAUUAGACUUGCACACAAGGCAGCCAGCUAGCUAGCUACGUACGUACGACGUAGCCUGAGCGUGUUGACGUAAAGCCAGUUUCAAAGUCAUAAUUUGCUAAAUGGUCAAAUCUCGUAGUCAUUCAAAUUUAAUUGGCCUUAAUAAAAACGGCGAGUUACAAUUUCAUUUGUGUGUGCAAAAAGAAAGCAGAAAGUGAGAAAAAGAGAAAGAGAAAAUCAUAAUCACUGAUACGACAAAUUAAAAAAAAAAACAGUAGAAUACAAAAAAAGUAACAUGCCCCAUCAUGAAAGUUUGACAAGUGGCGAAAUGACACAAAAACGUGACUUUCAUGGCGUUGCAUUACCCCAGGUCCAUAGUCAGUCGUUGAGCUAUGGCAGUCGUACAUUUUCCACAACAUCGGGUUCGCAAAGUUUCGGUUCGAAACCAAAACUGGGUUUGGGUGUCAACGCCCAGACCGGACGUCUUCAAUGGUGUCCUGGAUUUACAUGUUGCAAACUUUUAAUUAUUAUUCCAGUGAUAAUGCUGCCCAUUACCUUGGUCCUGAUUCUGCUGAUGCGCAUGGAUGGCAUGCUAAUGGCCUUGCAGAUGCAUCAACAUCAUCGUCAUGUUCAUGGCAGGGGAGGAUAUCAGGAUCAGGAACCGCCACUCUAUUUGGAGGACUAUGAGGGUGGUAUGGACAACGAUCCGUAUCAGGAUAUGAUCAGUGAACAGUUGUUAAUACCGAGAGACAAAAAGGUGCGCCUCAGCGAGGAGGAACGAAUAAAACGUUGCAUAUCCUUUCGUUUUGGUCUAAGUGAGGCCUUGGAUUGGGAGGAUAGAGACUUGAUGAAGGAUGCCCGAACCUCAUUCUUACCCAGGGAUACCACUGUUAUACCGCGAGAAUGUUUGGAUAAUUUCAACAUCAAUUCACACAUAAAUUACAAUGAUUUCGAUUUGAAUGCCCUGCUGGAGUCGUAUGGACGUCGUAGAAUACGCCGCGAUAAUUCCGAGCAAGAUUAUGAAGCACCCGCGGUGGAGGAGGAAAAAGAGCUGGAACCAUUGAUACCCGGUCCUGAAUCUAUUUCAGUUUUGAAAUCCUUCUGGAAUGACCAGACCACCAAGGAGAGCAUGCGUGAGGUCCAGGCCAGGACUAUGAAACUAUAUAUGAAUACCUCGGUGGAUCCCUGUGAUGAUUUCUACCAAUACGUAUGUGGUAAUUGGGAAAAACAUCAUCCGAUUCCAAAGGAUAAAGCCGGUUUCGACACGUUUGAAAUGUUGAGAGAAAAUCUGGAUAUUGUUCUCAAAGAGUUAUUGGAAUCCAAAGAUUAUGAUGAAACUACACCCAAGAAAGUGGAACACAUCGUGGCCAAUACCUAUGAACAGCUGCCGAAUACCCAAGCAGAUAUUGUGAAACCGGUACAAUCACAACAUGCGGAAGAAACAGAAAAGGAGAAAUUGGUACAGCGUUUGGUAGAGGAGCGCCACACGCUUGGUCAGCUACUCGAGCGUUACAAACGUGAUUCAAGGAUAUUUACAAAUACCAAGCGAAAGCGAUUUACCUCCCAUCAGAAUAUCUCCGAAUCAUUGUUUGCGUAUUCCUCGUAUAGACAAAAAACAGGUUUUACAGCUCCCCCAUCCUUGGUGACAUUCCAGCCCACCUCGAUGCCUGAACACAGUAGCUCACAUGAUGCCCACAUGAAAGCCAGGCAGCUGUAUCAAUCAUGUACCAACAUUAAACUGCUUGAAGAACGGGGAGUGCAACCUCUACUAGAUCUGGUACAGAGCCUUGGAGGCUGGCCGGUAUUGGAUCCAAACUGGAGCCCGGAUAAUUUCGAUUGGCUCAAUCUCACUGCCCAUUUGCGUCGCUAUAACAAUGACAUCCUCAUUGUCCAAUGGGUCGGUCCUGAUAUCAAGAAUUCCGAUGAGAACAUCAUACAGUUUGAUCAAACAAACCUGGGUCUGCCCACCCGGGACUAUUAUCUGCAAGAUGUUAAUGCCAAAUAUUUAAAUGCAUAUCAACGUUUCAUGGCGGAUGUCAUGAAUAAAUUGGGCGCCGAUAAGGAAGAGGCCACAAAGACCGCUGCAGAUUUAAUAAGUUUCGAAACCCAAUUGGCCUCUAUUACAGCUCCAGCCGAAAAGCGGCUAAAUGUUACCAAACUCUACAAACGUAUGACACUCAGUGAUCUGCACGCCCUUAUACCCCAGAUUGAUUGGUUGCGGUACCUAACCAUACUGCAACAGCGUAAUGUUCAAGACUCCGAGGAGGUUGUCAUCUAUGCCACGGAAUAUAUGCAGGAUCUGGUCAACCUUCUGGAUCGCACAGAUCCCCAUAUAAUUGCCAAUUAUUUGCUUUGGCGUUUUGUCCGACACCGCAUCAAUAAUGUCGAUGAUCGCUUCGAUGAUACCAAACAAACUUUCUAUCACACGCUUUUCGGGCGGGAAGAGACUCCCUCACGCUGGAAGGUAUGCAUCUCACAGGUGAACACCAACAUGGGCAUGGCACUGGGUUCCAUGUUUGUACGCAAAUACUUCGAUGAAAACAGCAAAAAGGAUACCCUCAAAAUGACUCAUGAACUGCAGCAGGCUUUCCGUGAAAUACUCAAAACCACGGAUUGGCUGGAUCCCCAAACCAAACUAUUGGCCGAACAGAAAGUCAAUGCCAUGUCCCUAAAAAUUGGCUACCCUGACUUCAUACUCAACACCGUGGAGCUGAAUGAAAAAUAUGCCGGCAUUGAAAUCGAUCCGAGUAAAUACUUUGAAAACACACUAAAUGUCCUGCUGCACACAACGCGAACCGAGCAGAAUAAACUCCAUGAGCCGGUUAACAAAACCACCUGGCAAACGGCACCGGCCAUUGUCAAUGCCUAUUAUAGCCGUAAUAAAAAUCAAAUUAUGUUUCCCGCCGGUAUUUUACAACCGCCAUUUUAUCAUCGCCACUUUCCCAGAUCAUUAAACUUUGGCGGCAUUGGAGUGGUCAUCGGCCACGAACUGACACAUGGUUUUGAUGACAAGGGACGGCUGUUCGACCGCAACGGCAGUAUUCACAAAUGGUGGACAGAUUUGUCGAUUAAAGGGUUCGAUGAACGUGCUCGCUGUAUUAUAUCGCAGUAUGGCAACUAUACCGUCAAUGAAGUUGGCAUUGCAUUGAAUGGAGAAAGUACACAAGGUGAAAAUAUAGCCGACAAUGGUGGCAUCCGCCAGGCAUUCCAUGCCUACAAAAAAUGGCUGCACGACAAUCCGAAAGAAGCUAAAGAUGAAUAUUUACCCGGCAUUGAUAUGACGGGAGAGCAAUUGUUUUUCCUGAAUUUCGGUCAAGUAUGGUGUGGUGCCAUGCGACCAGAAGCUGUGCGCAAUAAACUCAAUACAGCCAUCCAUAGUCCUGGUAGAUUUAGAGUAAUAGGAACAUUAUCCAAUUCCAAAGAUUUUGCCAAAGAGUUCAACUGUCCGUUGGGUUCACCGAUGAAUCCGCUCAACAAAUGUAGUGUGUGGUAGAGAGGAGAUAAAAUACAAAAAGCACAAUUUCGAAGUCAUCCAUCAGCAUUUGAAGCAUCUAUCAAAAACUCAAAACCAAAGACGAGGAGGAGUGUCCAUCCGAACGAAUAUUUCAACUAGCCUUUAAAUUUAAAACAAACCCCAUUUUGUUCUGCAUCUCGGCAUCAUAUCCACUUACAACACAAUACGAGCUCUAAUUGUCAUAGGACUUCAGUUGUUGCUGCUGUUCUGAGUGGAAAUUGAAGUGUUUGGCUCAUGUUGUUGGACUGCCGAGGUUGAAUUUUCAUUUAAAUUGUCAAUUUAAAUUGGUUGCUGUCUACUGCCUUUGCUGCUGAUGCUUGACGAGGAGGCAGCAACGAUGAUGGCGAUGAUGACAGCAAUGCUGUUGAUGUCUACUAAGUUCUCAUUCGACCGCAUACAGAAA